GUCAAAAGUCGCACUGCAUGCUGAGGCUUCAAGUCUUAUUUCAAUAAUUCAGUAAUGGAUCAUAUUUCCGGACCCACCCAGGCGAUUCUUGCAAAUUAAAGCCGGUGAUCGCCGAUGAUAUCGCAUAUGAGGAAUACCUGUGCCAGCCUCAGUAGCAUCCUGUGACUGUGAAAGCUUCUCAAGACUCUAACGAGCCCUCCAUAUUACAGCCGGUUGUACUCAUUGAGGAGUAUAUCCCCCAAUGGCUGCUUCCGAGUAUCGGAAAAUCACCGAUGAAGCCUCCGACAUCGACUCCCCAACACUCGAAGCCGGGGACACUGAAGAGGUCUUAUCCCAGGCACCUGCAAACACAUCCCUCAGAAGACUCCCCGGCUGGGCAUAUGCAAUCAUCAGUCUAGGCUUGGUUAUUCUAGGCUUUGUUGCCGGACAAUUCAUCGACCUCAACUUCGACAGAAAAUGCCUUGUUCGCCAUUCUUAUUAUUCCCCUGCACUGUAUCAAAUUGAUGCGGGAUACAAACUUGUUCGGUUCAAUAGUACCGUUGGUAAUCCCACGCCAUUCGGUGGAACUCCACGACCCGAGGUCGACGACGCCUGGGCAGCUGUGGACCAAGUUCGAGUGCGGGGUAUAUCUCAUGACGAAUUGGUACGCAUUGGUGGUUCAGUGAAUGAUGUGAGAUUGCCCGACGAUCUAGGAGGUGGAUACAUGGCAUCGGACAUGUAUACUCAUGAGCUCCACUGCCUCAACUUCCUCAGGAAGGCUACGUACCCCGAGUACUACAACCAGUCACACGGAUUUACAGACCUACCGCAUGUGGUGCGCCUGCAUCUAGACCACUGUAUUGAGCUACUACGACAAUUUGUUGUUUGUCAGGGUGAUGUUGGGCUCUACACAUUCCAAUGGCUGGAGCAUUAUCCGACGCCUUACCCCAAAUUCAGUACAUGGCAUCAGUGUCGCAACUCUGACUCGAUUGAAGCCUGGAUCACGCAAGGGGCAGUUCAAACACCUUCUAACUAUACAUGGCCACGCGUUCCUGGGUCAGUGAUAUUUCCUCAGCCUGACUCUGAUUGACACUUGCGAUGAGGGGGGAAUUUUCAGCAAUAGCGGUCUGCACCAUUUUGAGUGCGGGGUUAUCGAAUGAAUACAAUUGUUGGUUAAACAUGUUGAGUAGAUAUUGCGAUAACGUCUAAGAAGUUC